GCUGGUCACGUGACCCAAGAGGGCGUGGUUACGAGAAACAAUAUGGCGGCGCGCAGUGUAGUCACACCGGAUUAGUACAAAAUCCGUUAUAAGCCUCUGAUUAUUUGUCGUAUCGGUAUCAUUUGUGAUGUUUUGCAGUAGUGGGAUGAUGAAGACGUUUUGUGGUCGUGCUAACCCCACCACGGGCGCGCUGGACUGGGUGGAGGAGGGAGAAGAGUAUGAUUAUCAUCAGGAGAUCGCCAGGUCCUGUUAUGCUGAUAUGCUGCACGACAGAGACAGGAAUGAGAAAUAUUACCAGGGCAUUCGGGCAGCAGUUAGCCGGGUGAAAGCUCGAGGCGAGAGAGUCAUCGUUCUGGAUAUCGGCACAGGAACAGGUCUUCUCUCCAUGAUGGCUGUUACUGCAGGAGCGGACUACUGCUACGCCGUAGAGGUGUUUAAGCCCAUGGCCGAGGCUGCAGCUUGCAUCGUAAAGAAAAACGGCUUCUCGGACAAAAUCAAAAUCAUCAACAAGCACUCGACUGAGGUUACAGUCGGUCCAGAUGGAGACAUGCAGGAGAAAGCAAACAUAUUAGUGACAGAACUGUUUGACACAGAGCUGAUUGGAGAGGGAGCGUUACCCAGCUAUGAACACGCACACUUACACCUGGUACAGGGGGUCUGUGAAGCCGUACCUCACCGUGCCACGGUCUACGCUCGGGUGGUGGAGUCAGAGCAGCUGUGGAGCUGGGCGCAGAUUCAGCCCAUCCAGGUGGAGGAGUGCACGCUGCUGCCCCCUGCUGCAUUGACACGGUGCGCUGGAGCGCCAUCUGUCUGUGAUAUACAGCUCAGCCAGGUGACCCCGAGUGCCUUCACCAACCUCGGACCCCUGUGUGCCAUGUUCAGUGUGGACUUCAGCAGGCCGUUCAGCAGCGCUCCUCAGUCACACUCGUGCAAGUUUGUGGUGGAGACCAGCGGUCGAGCUCAGGUAGUUUUGUCCUGGUGGGAUUUGGACAUGGACCCGAGCGGCAGCAUCGUCUGCUCCAUGGCCCCCAGCUGGACUUACUCCAACCUGAGAGAGUAUCCUUGGAGGGAUCAUUGGAUGCAGAGUGUGUACUUCUUGCCUGCUGAGAGGAGUGUGUGUGAGGGAGAAGAGCUCAGUCUGACCGUCUCACACGAUGACUACAGCUUGUGGUAUAGCCUCUGUGAUAGUGACCAAUCUGAUGUGGCCGCACCGUGCUGUACCUGUCAAGCCCACCUGCUGUGGACGCGGCCGCGCUUCGGGGAGCUUAAUGACCGGCGGAGACGAGAGUGUUACCUCAGCGCUCUCCGCAGUAUUCUGAGGCCGGACAGUGUGUGUUUAUCCGUCAGUGAUGGGAGUCUUCUCCCCAUCUUUGCACAUCUGCUUGGAGCUAAAAAGGUGUUCAGUUUGGAAAACUCCGGAAUGUCAAAGCGAGUGAUCGAGCAGUUUUUGGAGGCAAACUCACUGAAAAACAGCGUUCAGCUGCUAGAGAUUCGGCCAGAGCAGCUGACAUCAGCUGAUGUGGAGGGAGAACAGAUCUCGGUGCUGAUUGGCGAGCCGUAUUUCAGUACCAGCCUGUUGCCCUGGCACUCUCUGUUCUUCUGGUACUGCCGUACAGCACUGAGCUGCCUCCUCCGGCCCGAUGCCACCGUCCUGCCUUCCUCCGCCACACUCUACCUGAUCGCAGUGGAGUUCCAGGAUUUGUGGAGAAUCCGAGCCCCGUGCGGAACCUGUGAAGGAUUUGAUGUGAGCCCGAUGGAUGAAAUGGUGCAGCGCUCUCUGGACUUCCGGGAGUCUCGUGAGGCAGAACCUCACCCCCUGUGGGAGUACCCCUGUCGAGCCCUGUCCAAGCCACGCUCCGUGAUGACCUUUGACUUCCAACAGUGUGUCCCUGAGCAGCCAAUCAGCAGUCAGGGAACAGUGCCUCUUACUGGGAGAGGGCGCUGUCAUGGCGUGGCUUUGUGGAUGGAGUAUAGCCUGACUGAUGACAUCAGCGUCAGCAUGGGCCUGACUGCACCCGUCAAUGACGAGGGAGUGUGUGUGUGGAGUCCACACCGAAAACAGGGAGUGUAUUUCUUACGGGAUCCGUGGGAAAGCUCAGGAGAAGGACGGGCAAGCGUGUCUUACAACUUAACCUUCGACCCCAAUAUUGGUGACAUCAAAAUGGACUUUUCAGUCACUCAGCCUUGACCAAGUGAAAUGUACCAAUUCAUUCAGCAGGAAUUUUUUUGGUUUGUUUUUGUUUUUCUAGAUCACAGAAAAUGCUGUGUUCCAAAGAAAUACUUACACCAGAUGUUGUGUAAUGUUGACUUUCUCACAAAUCCCUUUUGAUCUGACAAUUCAGUGGUUUUACUAAAGAAAAUUUACUGUUUUUUUUCUUAGUCCAAAUGCAGUCAAUCAGCUAAGGCAUGUUUCAUGUCUGCUUCUUUAUUUUUUCUCUGAGGCUGUGAGAUUAAUGUAACUAAGUAAAGAAAGUUUAUCUCACCCAAAAUCUUUUCUGUAAAUCUCUGCCCUUAACUAGGUUUCCAGCAAUGUCAUUUUCUUUUCUUUCAUAAUGAUGUGGUUUAGGACUCUGUGGGAUCACUGAAAUCUAUAAAUAUGAACAAAACUUCAGUGUUCAUAGUGUUAUGCAGAUGAUAUAGUUCCACUAUAACUUAUAUUUGUAGAUACAGAAUAUAUCUACAAAUUAGUUUAUUUAACAAUGAGAUGUAGCUUAAUGAUGUCAUUUAAAUUUAGUACAGAGCUAUUUUGUGCCUGUAUAUAGAUAAUUUUGGGUAAUUUCUUGUUAGCUACAUUAGUGUCAUAGCUCCAGUACAAAACGAAAAGAAGCAAACGUCAGACAUCAGAUACACCUUAGCCACUACAUUUGAGGUUAAAUGUAUGAAGUUGUGUAAAUUAGAUGUGUCAUUGAACUAUUCUGUUUAGACACAUAUGAUUUCUACAUGUUCUCGUAUCUCUGCAUUAAAUAGUGAAAAGUUUGUGUGCAGUGAUGCUUAUAGAUUUGUUUGAUCUUCUUUGGUUUUGUAUUUAGCCUUUUAACACAAAUUAAAUGCAGUGGAGUUCCUUUGGUUUGCAGUG